CAAGCCGAAUUGACUGUUUUGUUGAAAGAAUUAUUUAGAAACUAUGAAAUUCACGUUAUAACCAUCGUUCAUAAUCCAAGAGGAACGCAAUCUAAACCCUUUUCUUAUAUUCAUGACAAUAAUGUAAGUGAUAAUUUAAGAACUACAAAUAAUAACUGUUUUUACCCUAUCAUUGUCGAAAAUGAAAAAGUCGUUGGUUUUGGUGAGAUUUUGGAUGAAAAAGAGCAUCCGGAAAAAUCUAUCGUUGAAAAAGGUAAUAAACUUUAUGUAUGGCCUAUUGAUGAAAAAGGAAUUGAAAGAAGAUGGAGAUAUACCAGAAAAAGCGUUGAAAACGAGAAAGGCCGCAGAUACGACGCUGGUUCGGGUGGAACUACAAUCCUUAAAAAUUUAGUUCCUAACAAUAAUUUCAACUUUUUUGGUGGCAGUGGCACCACGGCUCAUGCGGUAUUAGAACUGAAUAAGCAAGACGGAGGGAACCGAAAAUUUAUUAUUUGCGAGCAAAUGGAUUAUAUUGAAACUGUAACCCGGGAAAGAAUUAGAAGAGUUUGUGAGAUUGAUAAUAAAGGUUCUUUUGUUUAUUGUGAAUUAGCCAAAUUUAACCAAGGAUUUAUCGACCAAAUUCAAAAGGCUAAAAAUACUGCUGAACUCUGA